AUGGUGUUCAAAAUAGCUGGCUGGAUAAUCAGCUUCGAGCAAGGAUACAAACACGACCAUUUUGGCGAUGAUUUCGUUGGUAUUGCACUCGAUCGGUGGUUCAAAGAGAGGAACAUCGAUUAUCUGUGGGCGGUUGGUACAGACUACCCUCGAGGGAGCCUGCAGCCAGUCAUCGUCUUGGUUCGAAGGCGCAGGGAAGAUCCCAAGUCGACGGUGUCCCAUUACUAUCGUGUCAGAGAGUUGGAUGCGGACCGUGAAGUGAAGAAGCAGGUGAUGGAGGAGACAGGACUGAGUGACGAGGAUUUACCUUGGGUCACUGUUGCGGACCCGUUCUUCAUGAGCUAG